CGAAUUCACCCCAAAAUCUUCCAAUAAGUGCUCAAAUAUCCCCUAGUACCUGAUCAGCAAUAAAGUGUUAAAAUAGUGACAACGAAUAUCGACCUAAUAGAUUUAAGAGGCAAAGACAUCUCCUAAAACUUUAAAGACUGUGGCCUAAACCGACGUAGCGUUUUAAAAAAAAAUAAGUGUCAAGAAAUGUCAACAUGAGUGGCCUAGGCCCCCCUGGUGUGUGGGCGGCGCACAAGCGACUGGAAUCCUGGGCGAAGGCGGCCAGGGAGAGGACAUCCAGCGCCAGCAGUGGGCAAAGUCACAACUCCACUGACAGCUUCGGCGACGACAAGUAUCAUGGCAGCCCCAGCGAGAUGCUCAUACCGAAGGAGCAAUGUCGCGUGCAGCCGCCGAGCGAGAGCAGGACGGCAACAUCUCUCCCUCACGCGAGACUCGCGCGCACUCCCUCUAUCUCCUCCCAGAGCAGCCUAGACAGCGCUACCUCUAGAGCUACGAGUCACCGCGGUUCUUCCCCGGCGAUCCGCACGUUCGCGCCGGACGGGCGGACGCUGGAGGCGGGAGUGACGGGGGUUCCCCGUUCUCCGUCGCCGCUGCGCGCCGCGUCGCUGGACGUGCGGGGCGCGUCGCACGUGGGCUCGCUCGCCUCGCUCGCUGACUCGCCCGCACCCCCCAGCCCACGACAUCUGCCGCCGAGAUGUCUCUCGCCCCUGCUCAUGCCACCAAGGCGGAUAGACCGCAGCAACUCGCUAGUUGAGAGCAGCAGCGGCGCGCCCCUUAGUCCAGGGGCGAACGCCGCAAUCAGCGCCCUAGGAGCCCUACAGCCGGACCUCUACACGAAGCGGGAGGCACCCCUGGUCAUAGAGCUGGAGGGCUCCGGACCCUCGCUGGGCAGGAUCCACCUGCGGCUGAAGUACGACUUCGACAGGUCUGACCUGGAGGUCCAUCUUAUUGAAGCUCACGACCUAGCCGGCUACGAAGCGGGGGGCUUUAAUGACCCGUAUGUCCGCGUCAGUCUCCUCCCGGAAGUGGACUCGAGGGUCCGUCAGACCCCUGUCCACAGGAACGAGGCCAACCCCUUCUUCGAUCAGCACUUCAAGUUCCCCGUCAGCCAUGAUGAGCUCAGCGACAAGACGCUGCUGCUGCAGGUGUUUGAUUACGACAGGUUUUCUCGCAACGAGGUAAUGGGCUCCGCGAAGGUGCCUCUCUCGCGAGUGGAAGUAGCCGGUGGGGCUGAGGUCUGGGCGGAGCUGUCUAGAGAGAGACGACCGCCGGAGGAACUGCAGGAACUAUUGUUGUCUCUCUCCUAUCUUCCUUCUGCCGAGCGGCUCACAGUCGUCGUCCUUAAGGCCAGGAAUCUACUGCCGCCGCAGGAGGGAAAGGAUGCUUUAGAUGUAUACGUGAAGGUGUAUUUGCUGGUGAACGGCAAAAGGGUUAAGAAGAAGAAGUCAAACAGGAAGGAGAUAACCAACCCCGUGUGGAACGAGGCGCUGUCCUUCAGUCUGUCCUCCGCUAACCUCCACGAGGCAUCCAUUGAGGUGUGCGUGGUAACUGGCGGCGCGGGUCUGGUGGUGGGGUGGUGCUGCGUGGGCGCCGCCGAGCCCGCCGCCGAGGGCCGCCACUGGGCGCAGAUGGCACAGGAGACGCGGAAAGCGGUCGCCAUGUGGCACACGCUCAGAUAAGCUGACACACAGUGCCGCGGCCGGUGUAAACACUACCAGUGCCCUGGUCGAAAUUUCUUCGAAGCCCGGGGUGCUGGAAGUGCCCCUUUUCGUUUGCCUUCGGCGCCGUUUUGUCCGGUGCCCUGGGCGGUCGCCUAGCG